CACAGACGGUGACACUAUUCAUAACACAAGUUAAGGAAAUGCUGUGUUCUGUGUAACACGGGAGUAUAGUUACCCAAUCAGAUGAAAGGCAGUGAAACCUGAGCUGCUGAGGCAUGCAUCCAGCAUGGAAUUUCCAGCACUACAACAGGGACAGUCUCUGUAUAUAUAUUCACCAGUCAUGAGCACAGGCUAACAUCUCAGACAAAAAGAAAGAAACUUUUGCCACACUACAGACAACCAAACGACAAAAUGGGUAUCCUGCUGAGCAGAAUCUAUGAAUCUUUGAUGGGAUUCAGUGGGAUGAAAGCGAGAAUUCUGAUGCUGGGUUUAGAUGCUGCAGGGAAAACGACUAUUUUAUACAAACUGAAGCUGAAUGAAGCCAUCACCACUAUCCCCACUAUUGGAUUCAAUGUGGAAACCAUCGAACCUAUGAGAAAUGUGUCCUUCACAGUAUGGGAUGUUGGUGGCCAAACAAAAAUCAGAGCCUUGUGGAAACACUACUUCAUGAACACGGAUGGCUUAGUAUUUGUGUUGGACAGUGCAGACCCAGAAAGAUUUAAUGAAGCCCAUGAGGAACUGGAAGCCAUUCUGGAUGAUGACCAAAUGCAGGGAGUACCUUUUGUGAUUUUAGCCAACAAGCAGGACCUACCUGGUGCCCGACGUCCCUCAGAGCUAGUGGAUGCACUUUGCUUAAGAAAACUACAUGGACAUGAGUGGCAUGUGCAGGGAUGCUGUGCUGUGAACGGAGAUGGACUGGUGGAAGGUCUGCAUAGACUAUCGGAGCUGGUAAAACAGAACAAGAAAAUGUUUUACUGAAGUGAUGACAACAAAGAACAAUGAGCAUGAGAAUUAAUUUAUAAUUCAGGUUAAUUCAACACCACUAUCAGAUGAACCUUAGAUGGAAUGUCAGACACUUAUAGUGUUACGCUGCUUUAGCAAGAAUACUUUGGUAUCUGUGACCAGUUUUUUGUUUUUGAUCUGUUAUUUUAAAUUAUAGUUAGACAGUGACAAUGUUUUAUUAAGUUUAUAGUCUUUUAAAUGUAUGUUGCUUAUUUUUAUCAUGUCUUGA